UGAAGUUAGAGGCUCGGAGUGAAGUCGGGUGAAGGCUACAACGAGACAAACUUGCAUUCAUCACUUCUGCUCUUCGACAGUGAUGGGAGCUGGCAGCCUCGAUUAAAGGAAGACAAGUGAGGCUGUUAAAACCAUUUCGAGCCAUUUUUUAUCUGUGUGGACGAUCAUAUCUGUUUGGACAAAGAGGAUAUUGAGGACGUGAAAGCUACAACAAAGCGUGAAGUCACUGCGCAGCCUGGACGUUUAAACCUGGGUGAAAUGUUUGUGUUAUUACGCCGGGUUGGAAUUAAAUAGUCCCUCAGGUUGACGCUUUUUGAUACUGAAACUGUGAUUUUAUAGACUUGUGAGAGUAUUCGGGGCAUCAUGGCUUUUCUUCACUUGCUCCUGUGUGCCGGGAUGUUAUCACUGCCGCUGUGUGGAGCGUUUUUCACCGGACCCUUACAACCGGAGAUGUCCAACGGCACUUUUCAUCACUAUUUCGUGCCGGACGGUGACUACGAGGAAAACGACGACCCCGAAAAAUGCCAGAUGCUUUUUAAAAUGACCGACGAGAGAAAAUGCGGACUGCCCGAGGACCAGGACGCUGUCAUACGGGAUGAUUUCACCAUCAUUAAGAGGCAGAUCGAGGACUCGGCCAGGGUGCUCGAAGGCAUCGGGAAAAGCAUCUCCUAUGACCUGGACGGAGAGGACAGCUACGGGAAGUAUCUGCGGAGGGAGACGGCGCAGAUAAGCGAGGCGUUUACAAACUCGGAGAAGUCGCUGCUGGAGCUGGAGGUGAAAUUCAAGCAGAGCCAGGAGAGUGAGCUGAAAGAGGAGCACCGGCUCAACGACGACUUCCUCAACAUGAUAAUCCACACACGGGACGUCCUGAAAGACACGCUGGACAUUUCUCUGGGACUGAAGGACAAGCACGAGCUCCUGUCUCUGAUCAUCCGCAGUCAUGGCACGAGACUGAGCAGACUGAAGAACGAAUAUAUGAAGUUCUGAAAGACAACAGGACCUCUCAUUACAGUGUUGUUAUUUCACUUUAUUUACUUUCUUGUGGUGGAGUGUGACCAUGAGGCCGGAGCAGGAGUGAAGAAUGUUAGUAAUCAUAUCAGGGAUAAAAACAAAGCUUAACCAUGAACCUACAAUAUAAAGACAAUCAUUUUUUCUCCUUAAGCUCUUCUAAACCAAAGAUUCUGGGCUCACGUGGCUCCAAAUGAUGAAUGGACUCAGUCAGAGAGAAGAAAAACUCCAAAAUAAGACUUUUCUCUUUAGCUUUCCUGUCCUACCAUUACUUAUUCACUUCUCAAAAAUGCACGCUCACACACUUCGCUGCUGCACAGAUGGCCCUUGGUUUAGCUGAAUUUCCCCAUUAUUUAUUUUAUGGCGCAACAUUUGCCCCAGUAUUUCCAAGGCGAGCUUCUUGGUAAAUUAGUCACUUUGGAAAUAUGCUGUAAAUUUCUACCUGUCCUGUAAGAUAUCAAUGAAGAUGGCCAGUAUACUUUAUUUUGCUAACUUUGUCUUGCUUCGCAUGGGUGCCAUAUGUCAAAAUUAGUUUCAAGUGUGCUUAAAUAUAUUGUUAUCAAAGAAAUAGAAAUGUGGAAGUCUGAGACUUAAAAGCGCCCCCAUCAACGCACUCUGCAUCUUUGCAAAAACAUCAUAAAUGAGUUACGUAACCGCCUGGAAACACUAAAUCAAGACUAUCUUUAACACUGCUCGGUAGUGCUUACUUUAAACUAGUCUUAGGACUAUAUCUUACUCUAAAAAAGUGGGUAUCAUAUUUAUUAUAACCAAUUUAGGAUGGGAAAAAUGCAUGCAAAAGUCUGGAAAACACUGCUGCACAGAUGGUCCUGGGUUUAGCUGAAUUUCACCAGAUUUAGUGAUAGUAUUGCACAAAUUUCCCCCAGUGUUUCCAAGAAGAGCUCCUUGGUAAACUGAUUACUUUGAACAUUUCAUUUCAUUUCAUUCAUUUUAUUGUCAUUGUAAAAUGUACAAGGAAAAAAAAAAGAGUAAAUGGAAAAAAAUCAUAAAAUAAAUGAUGUGAAUUUCAAAUACUCCAGUUAGAUAUCAAUGAGGAUGGCCAGUAUAUUUAUUUUGAAAAUUUGGUCAUGCUUUGCUUGGGUGCCAUAUGUCAAAAUUUGUUUCAAGUCCCUUACAAUUUGGUUUAAAGUGUGCUUAUACAUGCUGUUGUCAAAGAAAUUAGACAUUUAGAAGUCUGAGACACAAAAAACGUUAUGUUAACGCCCUCUGCAUGUCAGCAGAAACAUGGCAAAUGAGUUACGUAACCACCUGGGAACACUGAAUCGAGACUAUCUUCAACACAGCUCAUUAUUGCUUACUUUAAACUAGUCUUUGGACUCUAUCUUAUUCUAGAAAAGUGGAUUUUAUAUUUAUUUUCAUUCAUGCGAGAAAGAAAAAAUUGCAUGUUCAUGCAAUGUGCAUACGUCAAAAUAUGCUUUAAGUCAACUAUAACUUGAUUUUGUUUAAUUGUAGUCCAAGAAAUAGAUAUUUGUAAGAUAAGAUAUUCUUUUAUAAGUCCCACAGGGGGAAAUUUAAAAAGUACGAGACAUAAAAACGGCUCUAUUAAUGAACCUCUGCAUCUCAGCAGAAACAUGGCAAAUGAGUUACGUAACCACCUGGAAACACUGAAUUGAGACUAUCUUGAACACUGCUCGUUAUUGCUUACUUUAUAUUGCACAUUCAUGCAAAAGUUUGGAAAUCCCUGCUCCACUGAUGGGUUUAGUUGAAUUUCCCCAGAUUUAGUGAUAAUAUUUUACUCAAAUGGCUCCAGUCUUCGCAAGGCACAAAAGUUAAUUCUGUCAGGGUUAACUGGUAACUUUGAAAAUAUGCUGUUAAGUUAUAUUACUUUAGUAAGAUAUCAGUUAGGGCUGAGCAAUUAAUGGAAAUUCAGAUUAAAUCACAAAAUGCACUAUGGUGCAAUAUUUGUAAGACCUGAAAUGCAUUUCAAAAUACCACUUUAAUACAUUUUUGAGGCAGAGACUUUCAGCUCUACGCAUCAUGCAAACAUUGAAGUUUUAUCUAGAAUAAUUUGUAAAAGAUCCUACAUCCCUUAUUACUGUUGAUGUUUGUUUUAUCAACAAUUAGAAAGCCAUAAAAUCAUCAUUCCCUCCAGUACAAUUCAUAUUGAAUGUGCAAUAUGAGUCAAAAUGCUAAUUAUUUUUCAAAAUUGUUUCGCCCUAAUUUAAUCUACCAAAUAUUGUGUUUAUUAUGACAGAAAAUGAUUUAUUGCAUGAUUGUUGAGAAAAACAUAAGAUGAGGAGCUUAAAAUAUAUUUCCAUUUAAAAUUGCAAUUGCAUUAAGGGGGAAAAAUGCAAUAAGAUAUUCCAAAAUCGUUCAGCCCGCGAUGGCUUGUCUACUAUAUUUUGAUAACUAGGUCAUGUUUUGUAGAGAAACCAUAUGUCAAAAUGUUUUUUAGGUCCUUUAUACUUUGGUUUCAGGCUCCACAAAAAAGUUGCAGGUCAAAAAAUUAAAAUGUAGAAGUCUGAGACACAAAAACAGCUCCAUUAACGCCCUCUGCUUCUCAGCAGAAACACUGUAAAUGAGUUACGUAACCACCUGGAAACACUGAAGCAAGACUAUCUUGAGCACUGCUCUUGAUUCUUACUUUUUAUUCGUCUGUAGGCUUUAUCUUACUCCAACAAAGUGGAAAGUUUUGUUUGAUAUAACCUUUUCUGGAUGGGAAAUAGGGAGAACAUCCUCUCUUGCAGUAUCUGCAGUUUUAUGUGACAAUUUGAUGAUGAAUUCUCUGGAAAAGGACCAUCGAGCAAUCAUAAAUGGAUAAAAGAACCAGAGAGGAAUGCAGGGUUUUGAACGAUUCAUUGAACUUAACACUAAAUCAAAAGAAAGUACCUCAUCAUAUUGAUACAAUAGACUGUAAAAAAUCCAAUAUUGCCGCAGAGUGGUCAUAUUCAGUGAUUUGUAGCAUGUCCAAGGGUGUUGAAGAGAUAGCUGCAACAGUAUAAUGAUAAUCAAAAUAAUCCAUAGACAAUCAUCUGAGGGUGAAAGCUGAUAUCAGAAAGACAAAUGUUAUACUUGAGCAUUAUGUACUAUGAAAGCACACAGUGGUAUUAUAUCACCAUAAAUUCAAUUUUUAAUCAUUAAAAUAGGGCCUUAGAGUCGGCUAACUGAAACAUUGGCACUCUGCAAUGGUUGUUGCAUUGACUUAACCUGUCACCAGUCAUAGGUUUAUGUGUGUUUUCUAAGUGUGUGUGAGUCAGCCAAUAAAAAGUGAGAACAGUUUCUGUCGUCAGAUGAAGGGUUUUCCAAACUUCAUCCGGUCCAGUGAGGAGUGGGAUUCACACGAGGAAUAAGACACAUUCUUGACUCUCUGUCUGCAUUUGUAUUUACUAGUGAAUUUUAUAUGUUAGGCUUGAUUUGGAUGCCAAAAACAGAAGAAAUGAGAUCUGGAAAACCCUUCAUAUGGCUGCGUAGCAGUUGACAGAACUGACCUCGUGUUGUAGCCUGGCUAAAAUCUUCUAACCUGAGCAAAUGUAGCUCUUCUCAGACAAUCCACAUGAAUGUUUCUACAAAUAUCAAGUAAUGUUUACAUGCGGACUCCUAUCUGUUGUAUUAUUUUGCUUUAUGGGCUGGCAGACUUUGCACAAUUCUUUACUGUUUCAGUGCUGAAGGUUGUGACAUGGUUUGAAAUGCAAAGCCUUUACUGUGCAGCUGUGCACAGGCAGUAUAAUCUUGUAAAAUGUACAGUGUAUUAGAAAUAAGUAAAUACUGUGAGCGCCAAUAUUGCUAUUAAAGAACACUUUGCUAUGUAUUCGUUGUUUAUAUAAAGUUUGAAAUAGAGCGGCAUAUAUCUUAUCUUUGAAAAACAGUGUUUGGUGAUAAUAUGUGGACUGAUAAGACUGCAGGCAGCACUCGUGGACUUUGGUGUCAAACAUAAAUAUGUGUGACAGUAUUAGAGGAUUGGGUUGUGUCUUCUCAAAUAAAA